AUGCGAACGCAGAUGAUGAUUGCACAGUGUUGCAGCAGAGCUGCGUGUGGGCAAUUGAGGAUGAGCACCACCACCACUCCCACCCACGACGAUCUGGACGCCAUUUUCAAACAAAAGCGCUUACUCCGAACGCAGGUCAGAAAAACCCUCAAGUCCAUCCAACCCUCCCUCAGAUCUCACCAAGAUAAUGCAAUACAAGAUAUAGUUCUGGAAGCUCCGUGGUUCAAAUCCAGUCGCAGGCUUUGCGCGUACAUAAGCUGCGCUGCCCUACGCGAAGUCGACACAUUCAAAAUCUUGUCACAGAUUUUGCAAAAUAAUACUAAUGGGGCUGGUGGGAAAAAGCUAUAUGUGCCGCGCGUGGAGGAUAAAAAUAGUCACAUGCGAAUGCUCCACAUAUCUCGAAUUGAUGAUCUGAUUGUGAACUCAAUGGACAUUUUGGAACCUGCUCCGGUUGAUGCUGAUGGAAAUGCGCGUGAAGAUGUUAUGCAGGCAAAUAAUCCAGUUGACUUGUUCCUUUUACCAGGACUUGCAUUUGACAGAGCUGGAAGACGUUUAGGUCGUGGGGGAGGUUACUAUGAUACCUUCCUGAAGAAUUACCAAGACUUGGCAAAGACGCGGAAUUGGAAGCAACCCUUGCUUGUUGCACUGUCAUAUUCUGAACAAAUACUGGAUGAAGGACUAAUACCAAUUACUUCGGCUGAUCUUCCGGUUGAUGCUCUUGUAUCUCCUGAAGGUGUGAUUCACAUCAGUACAGCUGCCUUAAACAGGUAUCACUGA